AUGAUUUUUGUUGUUAUUUUUCUUUCUUCCAAUAACAAACAAGCCACGUUGUCUGCCCCCUUCGAUCUUUCUUUCCGGACAACCUCAACAGUUUCUCUUUCCUUUCCCCCCCUCUCUCUCUCUCUCUCUCUCUCCCUCUCUUUGGGAUUUUUUUUUCUUUCUUUUUUAAUUGCUUCGGAUAAACGUUCUCCCGGAGCUUAUAUGGAAUUGUCGAAUGGAAUUCGGGGUUUAAGAUUACACAGGGACCAGACAACCCCGGCUGCAUCAACUGCCAGCUCGUCAACAAAAGACACGUCAACUAUAACAACUCCGAUUCCAUCAACAAUAAAGUCAGCAGCGGCCGCAAGUACUUUGCCCUCAACCACCGGUGUCGGAGGUAAAAUCCUGCGUCUCUCUAAAACGAACCAGUCCGGCAACAACAAUGUCGUCAAUGCACCGUCUGCGACAACCUCUUCAACAAUCUCUUCUUUGGCAGCGAAAAGAAUGCGAAUUAUGAACGGCAGGUAUUGUCCGACUUCCAUCCAAGAACUGUUUCUGGAUGAGAAAUUUCUUUCUCGUUUUUUCGCCUAUUUCUCGCCCGAAGAGAAAGGCGAUUUGGCGCGAGUCUGCAAGCGAUGGAAAAACAUAUUGUAUAAUGUCUGCUAUUGGACAGACGUAAUACCGGUAAUAUCGUGUCGCAAAUGGUGUAAUGAUGUCGAGGGACGCAAUAAAUUCUUUGAGAGCCUCAUAUUGCGGGGUUUUGACUCUAUCUGUCUGUUCGGGGCCACAGACGAAGACAUUCAGGAUUUUGUGAACAAUUUCCCACCGUGUAGAAAACAAAUAAGGUCGGUCAGUGUGCGUUGUUCGAAUGUUACCGAUGUCGGAUUAGAGUUGAUGUUUAAAAAAAUGACAUGUGUGUAUCGCUUGGAACUUUCCGGUUGUAAUGAAAUCACUGAGACGGGUCUUUGGUCCUGUUUGAACCCCAAGAUUGUCUCGUUAUCUGUUAGUGAUUGCAUCAACGUAGCCGACGACACAGUGGGGGCCAUUGCUCAGCUGCUCCCCGCCCUUUACGAGUUGAACCUGCAGGCUUAUCAUGUAACCGAUGCCGCUCUUUCCUUCUUUAGUGCCAAACAGAGCUACACACUGUGCAUUCUUCGCCUGCAAUCAUGUUGGGAAAUCACAAACCAUGGCAUUGUUAACAUUGUACAUUCCUUGCCUAAUCUCACCGUCCUCAGCCUGUCGGGCUGUAGUAAAAUCACCGACGAUGGGGUAGAGCUAAUUGCGGAAAACCUUCGCAAGUUACGCCUUCUGGACUUAUCUUGGUGUCCGAAAAUUACGGAUGCUUCCUUGGAAUAUAUAGCCUGCGAUUUAACUUCUUCCAAUAUUUCAAAAUUUUUCUUCAUCGAAAUUUUCCAAAUUCUUCUUCAUUAUCUAAUUUUUCUAAAUUCUUCUUCUUCAUCUAAUUUUUCAUCUCCUUCAUCUAAUUUUUCAUCUCCUUCAUCUAAUUUUUCUUCUUCAUCUAAUUUUUCUUCUUCAUCUAAUUUUUCUUUUUCAUCUAAUUUUUCAAAAUUAUUCUUUUUUCAUCUAAUUUUUCAAAAUUAUUCUUUUUUCAUCUAA